AUGUUUACCAGCAACUUCGGUAGUGCAGCUAAGCUUUUCCUGGUCCUUGCUGGCUCAUUCCAGCUUCUGCCCACUACAAAUCAGAGCCCAAUUAAUCUACCAGCUGUUGCUAAUGCCACUUCUCCCUACUACACUGCCGGCGUUGUUGAGUUUAGCUCAUCCAACUCGUUGGAAGACAACCUCGUCGGCUUUUUGGAGCUAAUCAGUUCAGCCGAUGCUGAAAGCACCGACAUCAUCGUCUUUCCGGAGAGUACUUUGAACAACAUAGACACGGCUACCUAUGUGCCCGAUCCAGAUCUGCAGCUCAAUACAUCCGCCUGUCUGCUCGGCAACACCAGCAUCUAUUCAGACUUUCUGGUACAACUCUCGUGCAGCGCACGUCAGGCGCGCAAAUAUCUGGUUAUCAAUUUGACAGAACGUGAAAAUUGUUCCACUACGGCGCUCGAUCCACGUCCCUGCGCUAGCAAUGGUUUAAAUAUUUACAACACUAAUGUGGUGUUCGAUCGUGAAGGGCGCGUUAUUUCACGCUAUCGCAAAUGGAAUUUGUAUGGUGAACCGAAGAAUACAACUGCCACAGUAGAGCUGAGCAUUUUCGAAACGGAUUUCGGUGUUCGUUUUGGCCAGUUCACAUGCUUCGAUAUACUAUUCUACGAGCCAACGCAGACGCUAGUUGAUUUGGGCAUCCGAGAUUUGGUCUAUCCAACAAUGUGGUUUUCGCAGCUACCCUUCUUGACAGCCGUCCAAGUUCAACAGUCGUGGUCCUACAUAAACGAUGUCAACUUCCUGGCCGCCGGUGCGAACCGACCAGCCGUUGGCUCCACGGGUACCGGCAUUUACGCAGGUCGCGAAGGUGCUUUGGUAUCCGUUAUGAACACGGGCAGUGGUGUGCGUCAACUCUACGUCGCGCAAGUACCUAAAUUAGGCCAAACGCAGAAUGGAUUACAAGUUACCAGAGAGCAUAAGAGUACAACGCCAGCAUUACAGCAAGCCCCGCGUCUCAGUCAGGCUGAUAUUUUCUUGAAACGCGAUUAUAUGGAAGAAUAUAACACCAUGGAAGUGAAUCACAAUAGUUCGGUGAUCAUGCUGUGGUACUCUCUUUGUUACAAAAAAUUCUGUUGCUCAUUUACUCUAUGGCCUUAUCAUGUAAACUCUGCACCUCUUGCUGCCGAUGAGGAACAUUAUGUUUACCGAGUUGGUGUCUUUGAGGGCAGGCGUUAUGAAACAGGCGCUGAGACGACGAAUGCCUUACGAACUUGUGCAGUUUUUGCUUGCACCGGACCGAAUAUAACCGAUUGUGGUACACUUUUUGCGGCUAAUGUCACACAAAAAAGGCAUAUUGGUUUUACACGUAUCAUGAUUGAAGCUGACUUCCCAACGGUUAAUCAAUCGCUGUUGAUGCCGAAUAGCUUGCGUGAUGAUUUACUGCCGUUGGAUGUGAAUGAAUUCGAGUGGGAUGAGUCGCAGAAUGAGGAUGGUACGCGUCAUGUGCGUUACGUUUCGAAUACAAAUACAACAAAUCUCUUGACUUUUGCAAUCUACGGCAACUAUUAUGAUGACCUUGGUUGGAAUGAAGAGGAAACCACCACCACUGCGGUACCUACGACUGAACCAGGUGCAGGAGAUGGUGUAGGAACUUUAGUGAAACCUUUCAUGCUGAUGUGGAUCUUAGCUGGGUUGUUGAGUGUAGUUUUGAAGUAG